GUCAACAAAAAAACAACAUUGUUUGAUAAUCAAAAUAAAACACCGAAAAUCCGAAAUCCUUCCGCGAAAUUUACCAAUUUUUCGAAUAAACUGUCUAAAAUUAAUGUUCGAAUACUUUAAUAAAAUCGCAAACCUGGAGAGAAAAUGUCGAACAACGACCUCGUCGUACCUCCCGCCCUGCUGGAAAAAAUCAAAGCUCUCGACGACAUAGAAAAAGAUAUCAUAACAUGUUUACAAAGCGCAGGUCAAGCAUUCAACGAACUGAGUAAAGAGAAAACCAGUCAGAAACAAGUUGAAAACCACACGAACAAUUUCUUAAAAGUAUUGGGAAACGUAGAAACCAAACUCACCGAUCAAAUCAACUACCUUAUUCAAGGAUCUACCGGUCAACCUCACGAAGGCUCUGUAUAUGGCACAGAAAGAGUGCGAAAAAUGCUCCUUCAAAGACUGGAACACGCCGAAAGAAGAGUAACCGAAUUAGAACGAAUAAGGAGUAAACAUUUAUACGAACGAGUUACGAAUAAAAAACCGAGAAAAAUGGAAUAAUUUAUUACAGUAAAAAAGAGAGAUAAAAACCAUACGAAUAGUUGCCAAUGUCGAUGGUUCGUUAUCCUAUACUCGUUAGCUUAGGGAAAGGGUCGAUUUUACUCAAUACGAGUUUUUGAUGACUCAACGAAAUAUAUCCUUUAACUUUACCCUCGUGGAUUAAAUUAGCUAAAAUACAAUGCGUCUCAUCUAGAUCGAUUUCCGGGUCUUCGAAUAUUUGUAAAGUAACCAUUAAAACGUUCAUAUCGAUGAGGGGAUUUUUAUGCAACAGGAAUCUAGAAAAAAAACACGAGAGCUCGAAAAUUUCGGUAAAAUAGUCGUAAAUUUGAAUAAAAAGGUAACUUACACUUUCUUGAACAUAUUUCGAUAGGUAAUCAUACGUAAUUUUUCGACAACCGUGUAGAUUCGAUAUUUACAUAAGAGAGCUUGGUACGUCGACAUGACUUGCACGAGUUCGUUCACUCUGCCUCUUUUUACAGCGUUUGCAAUAUCCCACAUUGGCAACAGGUCGUAUUUCUCUAGGACUUCUCUGGUUGGCAUGUAACCC